GACGAACCUUUUCGCCUUAUUAGCUUCCUUAUAAAGUUUGUCAUUACAAGUUCCCUGGGUAAUUACGUUUACCGUCUCCGGUUGGUCGAGAAAAGGUUCAAAUAAGCUUUCAAACACAUAUCGCAAUUCUGCUUUCCAUUCUUCACCACCAAACACUGUUUCUCAAGUUUGGCUGCAUUUAGCAAGUCUAUCAUGGAAGCCAACAGAGGACAAAAUGGAAUUCAACAACUGCUGGCUGCUGAACAAGAAGCUCAGCAAAUUGUCAAUGCCUCCAAAAAUGCUAAAUUGGCCAGAUUGAAACAGGCCAAAGAAGAGGGUGAUAAGGAUAUUGCUGAAUUUCGUGCACAGAUAGAACAUGAGUUUCAGAGAAAGGUUGCAGAGAGUAGUGGGGAUUCAGGUGCUAAUGUGAAGCGGCUUGAACAAGAAACAGAGACAAAGAUCCAUCACCUGAAGACAGAGGCUGCAAGGAUAUCCUAUGAUGUCGUACAGAUGCUUCUGAAGCAGGUGACCACUGUGAAGAACUAAACUCCUGGAAAUGCUUGGUGGGUGCUUGGACGUUCUCGCUUUUUCCAGACUUUACCAUUUGGAAUUCGUUUGGUGGCAGUAACAUUGUGUUUAUUUCCUAUGGCAGAUAUAUUUAUGACGUUUGUUAGUUGAUUAUGUACCAUUUAAAAUAAGCAAUUCACUUUGUGCUCUUAUUUUAUCAGUGCUCAAUGCUAUAUGUCUCUGAGUAGCAGUGCUAUUUGCACUCUUGGAAUGUACUUCUAAUAGUUUGCAUAUUGGCUUAGAUGUGAUUAUUGUAACAUUUUUUGAUGGCUUUGGCCACUAAUAAAAGUAAUGUUUGGUGAAA